GGAUAUCGCUAAAAUUAUUUUUAUCACUAAGUUUCGUUUCUCUUUUAUGAUCGAUGGGAUCUCUCCGCUUCAUAUUUGCGUAACAAUUGCCUCACCGAUAAGGCGGUAUCACUCGCGGAGAACGGGAAGCGCCGGUCGUGAUAAUUCAGCACACACACACACACACACGGGGAGGAAUCGCCCGCAAUUCUCGCAUCCGUUUUCGGCGCUAGAUAGUCAGUCGUAAAACAACCGUCCGAGCAACGCGCGCUUCGCGAUGUGCCGGAUCUCGCUUCUCGUUCUUGCCUGCAUUUCCGCUCUCGCAGGCACCGCAAUCGCGGCCUGCACCUCCAGCAAAUACGAGGAAGGAUCCCUCGAGCACCUGAGAUGCGUCGACGUGACUCUGAACACCGUCGUAAACUACGGCCAGUUGUCGGACAUCGGCGACAUCACGGUCUUCCAAUCGCGCAUAGAGAAUAUCCCUGAGCGGUCGUUCACGAGGUACGGCAGGAGCCUGGUCUCCUUGAAUAUGCAGGACUGCGGCAUCAGGACGAUCUCCGAUUACGCGUUCGACGGGCUGACGGGCUUGAAGAAGCUCAGCCUGCCGUACAAUAACAUCACGUUGCUGAGGGACCAGUGGUUCGCCAGUCUGCCGUCCCUGGAGCAGCUGGAUCUCUCGCACAAUCUCAUCACGUCGAUCGAGCCGACGGCCUUCGAGAGGCUGCGAGGCCUCAGAAGGCUCGACGUCAGGCAGAACCGUUUGACGUGCUUGGAACCGGUUCAGCUCAUGCCGAUGGCGGGUCUCGAAAAGUUCCGCUUCUCCGACAAUCCCCUCAGCUUCCGCUGUCGCGGCACGCUGACGCUGUGGCUGCACGACCUGGGCGUCGAUUACAAAAGCGAGCAACGCGGGGACGAGGACUGGCUGGACAGUUUGCUGUGGCUCUGCGCCGCGGACGACGGCAAAGUGGCCGACUCCGAGGUCCUCUUGAAGGAAUGCGUCAUCUUCAAUCUGUUCAAUCAGCUUCGCAGCGGCCUCACCACCGCCGAGUCUUACCCGCUGGCCAUCCCGCAGGACUGCGUGCACGCGAGGAAGGAGCUCACCAAGUGCGUCGCAGCGGGCCGUAGCGUCACCAACGGCCACGUCGUGAGGAAGCUGCUGCGGCAGUUGAAGGAAUCCAAGUCGGCCACAUAGCAGCCGUGUAUUAACAACCCGACGAAUCAGGCUCGAUCCCCACGUCUCUACGACGGCAGGCAAGACGGUCCGCCGGCGAUCCUCCGCCAGACCUUUCUUCGACUCUUCGGAAUGAUCGACGUGUGACGGACGCUGUGAAUAUUUCGACCCAGCAUCUCGAGGAUCGCUUCGACGGAGGAUCGGACCGACAGACUCCUCCUGCCUGCCGGCUCCGCCGCUCAGAUGGAUAACGAGAAUAAAGCUUGAAAUCGCGAGUCGCCGCUCUUGUAACAAAUCGCGCGAUAUUUCGUAUCGUUGCAAUAAAUAACAAUUAAAAUAACCAACCAGUUGCGUUAUUUCGCGCGCAGAUCUCCGCGACUCGCUCGAUGAUGGAGCGCGAGCCGUCUCGUGGGCGCAAAUCUCGUGACGACGAGUUACGAGGGGCGUCGAGAGCCGAUGGUCUUCCUCUGUGAGUCUAACGAGAAACAUCCGCGAGAAGUGUGUGUGUGUCUUCAAUUUCG